UUAAUGACACGCUGAAGCAGGUGCAAUAAUUGCCUGUGGUGACUAAGACGCCAGCUAUUUACCUCGUCAUUUUUAUUCCGUACCGCUGAUUGAUCAUGCAAAAUUGUUUUUUCGAAUAAAAGCGCGGAGUGGGUCUGGAGUUUGCAAUUUUUUCGUGAUGUAGUCGGGAGUCUGAUUGCGAAAUAUUUCGCCAAUUAAUUCGCUGUUCUGCAGAGGGAAGUUUAAUUGUGGUGUUACCGUGAGAACGUUAAAGUAUUAUACCGGCAUUCUUGAGCCAGUCAUUACUAUGGGAUACUUCCAUUUCGGCAAAAAAUACAAUACAGUAUGUGAAAUCGUUCCGGCAUAGUAAUUUUCACCUGCGCUGCAGUUCUCACAAAUUUUCCUGGAAGAAAACUUUCUGCUUCUUUUUUUGUUAUUUUCAACAAUCAGCACUACCAUGGAUUUGCUCAGACUGGGUUUGUUAUUAUGCACAUACGCAUUUCUCAAUCUCCUUGCAUUUACCCUCAGCCAGGAUGAUUUCGUCCUGGAUGAUGCCAAAGCCAAUAUUCCCUUUUUUCGGAAUCUUUUUGAGCGCAUAAAAGCCGCUAAAGAGGAGAAGCAGCGCAAAAUGGCCGCCGGUCAGUUCACGCCGCGCCAGCAGUUCAACGGCGGCCAACGCGCACCCAAGGCCAUCGACAACGCAGCCGCCUCGGAGAUAGUCGAAGUAGUGGCGCCGUCGUCAGCGCAAUCGCGGGAUUUCUUCACGGAUGACGGCAGUCAGGAUAAUCAGGCGAGCGACAGUAAUCAGCCGCAGAAUAACGAUGUCUCGCGUGCCACCGCCCUGGUACGGCUGCAGCCUGUAGAUGCCGACAAACCGCCGAUGACGGCCACUUUGUCGCAUCCGUUCUCAGCGCUGACGAACGACGCCGUGGACGAACUGGCACAAAAAGCCACGGCCUUCUCCGCACUUACGGCGGGACCGAGCAGACGUCAACGGAAAAAGAAGAAGAAAACUACCACCACCACGACAACGACGACGACAACGACAACCGCAGCCGCUGAUUACGAUGAUAUUGGUAAGUGCCACGAAGAGACAACCACACUUUCCCUUACAAAGCCGCCGACGCCGCGCCGUUCCGCUGGUCAGUUGUCGGCACUGGAGAAUCUUGGCGAGCAAAAGUCCGUUGUUGUCGGCAAUCAAGCGAAUGCGCUGGAACAUCUGACACGAAAAUUAGUCGACAAAUUUGGAAUCACGUCCGACCAAAUAAGGAACGUCUUGCCGUUAAUUCCUGUGUCGCAGACGAUCAAACAAGACUGCUUAACCGAAGCCGAAGGAUCACCGAAAGUUCCUCUGGACGAUCCGUUUUCGGGGAAUCUGCCGGAUUGUGCCAGGACCAAGUACCGCUCUUUUGACGGCACCUGCAAUAAUAUUGCCUUUCCCAACCGCGGAAGUGGGACGUCCAUUUUCCUUCGGAUGAUCGAGCCGGAUUAUGCUGACUCUAUCGGAGCACCACGCAAAUCGAAACGAGGUCUAACACUGCCAAGCGCAAGGUUAAUUAGCAAACAAGUCGCCGGGAAUUCCGAUGUCCCUGCCAGCGACGCAUCAGUCAUGUUAAUGCAAUUUGGACAGUUUAUUGACCAUGAUGUGACGAAUACACCGAAAUCGCGUGGUGUCGAUAAACUUCCGCCGCAGUGCUGUUUUGAUAAUGAUCCCAAACAUGUCCUGGAUCCGGCGUGCUUUCCAAUUCUUAUCCCAGCGGAUGACAAAUUUAUGGCACCAUUAAACCAAACUUGUAUGGAGUUUGUACGAAGCCUUCCCGGCACCCGCCCAGGAUGCACAUUGGGACCGCGGGAGCAGGUCAAUCAAAACACGGCAUUUAUCGACGGAAGUGCUAUUUACGGUGGCUCGCAAGACAAAGCCGAUUUCCUCCGUACAAUGAGCGAUGGUUUGAUGAAGACGUUCGCACCAAAGAACGAUCCUCAUUACGAUCUCUUACCACAGAACGCCAAAAAUUCCGAAUGUAUUGACCCGAGUGACACUAAAAUGUGCUUCAGAGCCGGCGAUGUCCGAGUGAAUGUCCACUUGGGAAUUGCAGAAAUCCAGACUUUAUGGGUACGACAACAUAAUUUGGUUGCCAGUAAUCUGAAGGAAAUCAAUGCCCAUUGGGAUGAUGACAAAUUGUUCCAAGAAACUCGACACAUUGUGGUCGCGCAACUACAACACAUCACGUACAAUGAAUACCUACCGGUUCUGUUAGGCGGACAGAUUCUGGAUAAAUGGAAAUUGAGGGUUUUGGACAAUGGACGCUCCAGUGGAUACGAUAUCACUGUUCAUCCCGGAAUUCUGAACGAAUUCGCCACGGCAGCCUAUCGUUUCGGACACACGAUGGUGCCCAAUGAGUUCCGGCGCGCUUCGGCCAAAUACCAGUUCCGCGGUAAUGAGCGGCUCAAAUCCACAUUCUUCCAUCCGUUCGCCCUGUACGACAAGGACGCCUUCGACGAGAUCAUCUUGGGCAUGGUGUCGUCGCCCGCCCAGGAGGUGGAUUCUAAUUUUGUCGACGACCUGACAAACCAUUUAUUCGAGAUCCCCGGCGACGCUUUUGGACUGGAUCUUACGGCGCUGAAUAUCCAACGCGGUCGUGAUCACGGCCUCGCCGGGUGGAUGCGCUGGCGACAGUUGUGCGGACUUCCCACAGCCAGCACUUUCGAUGAGCUGAAAGCCAUGCAGAUUAUGGAUGCGGCGUUUGUUGACCGGAUGUCCGAUGCUUAUGAUGACCUGGCGGAUGUUGAUUUGUAUCUAGCCGGUUCCGCGGAAAAUCAUGUACCCGGAGGAAAAGUGGGACCGACAUUUGCCUGUAUAAUUGCUGAUCAAUUCAGGCGAUUGAAGUUUGGUGAUCGAUUUUGGUAUGAGAAUGACCUUCCACUUUCCUCAUCAUUAUCAGACCGCCAAGUGCAAGCAAUACGCGGCAUCACAAUGUCCCGCAUUUUGUGCGACAACACGCCUCUUAUGGAAGCUAUACAGCCCAAACCGUUAUUGCUAGCCUCUGCGAGUAAUCCCGUCACAUCUUGCGACUCCAUACCGCAGUUUGAUUAUAAACCUUGGAAAGUGCGGAGAAAAGGAUAAAAUCCUUAUUUAUGAGAUUCCUGAAGUUGUUGUUUUGUUAUAGCGGCGUUUCUUUGUUAGAUAUUUAAUAUAGCACACAGAUUGUUCUCAGUCACGGAUUAGCUACCUCCAAUUCCUUUCAAAAUACUUUGUUCAUGUACCAAAGCAAAUACACCCUGUAUACAUAAAAUACAGUAACUGACCAAAUAAAGGUUCAAACUUAAA